AUGGGACCAGUUCUGGGGAAUUUUUUCGACCACAGUCCAUGCCCAGGAAAUCAGCAAAAUCGAGAAAUUCACAUAUUUGCUCGAUGCUCUACAAGGACCAGCCCGAGAAGCGGUCCAAAAUCUGCAAAUUUCAGCAGAGAACUACGACCUCGCCGUGGACACCCUCAAGCGGCGAAAUACGGCAACGAGGAAGCCAUUAUAGGACGUCUGCUAUCGUCACUACAGGCAGUCCAAACGCAUGGCUCCAGCACGACCGAUCAACGUCGGAUUCUGGAGAAAAUAGCACCGAUCAUCUCUCAACUUCAGCAGAAAGGAGAGUGGAUCGACACACAGCAGAUGAAGCGAACGAUUCUGGGAAAAUUCUCGGAAAAGGUACAGCGUGCAGUCCUGAAACGAAGGAAACGCUCUUCGUCGGGCACAGACUCCGAAACGUGGACAACACAGGAACUUUUGCAUGAGUUGCACGACUACUUCCAAACAGAGGAAGAGAUCCAGCACAGCAAAGGAUUCUCGGAAAGCCCAACUCAUCCUCAGGUUCCACGCACCACGACAAUGAGGAAACCGUUCGGCAAUACUCGAGAAGUGGCUCGAGAAAUUCCGAAGAAAUUUCCAUGCUUCUACUGCCACCGAACGGACCAUAUCCCAACAAACUGCACAGAAUUCGCAACCUACGCGCAAAGAAUGGCACAAAUUCAGCAAAGGAAUCUGUGCAGAAACUGCGGUUCCAAUACCCACAAUGCUGCAGAUUGCUCACGAGGAGCAUGUCGGAAAUGCAGCAAAAAAGGACAUCACACUUCGGUCUGCCGGCAAUUCGGACUGAAAGAGAGCGAGCCAGCUCGACAGCAUACCAACUUCAAAGGAAAUGCUCAGGAAUCUUCACAAGCGAAAAGGAAAUCUUCCACAUCACAGAAUUUCGCUGCUGUCGUCGCUCACCAGCAGUCGACGACUUGUCUCUUAGGGAAGGACAAGAUCUCACAGAAUCUGGAAGAGCAGCACUCUCACACCCAGGCCAAUGUACUCGUUGGGCAAAGCCCGAGUAUGGAACGCAAAAACCGAGGGUUUCGAGGAUGUUGCACCUCAUCCUAG